AUGAAACAGUACGACGAAGCUUGUUAUCAUGUACAACGAAAUGUUUAUGAUACUUGUGUUAAUCGAUAUGUUGAAAUGUCACUGCGAAAUUCAAUUGCACAUCCAAUAAAAUGUUCUGAACCAAAUUGUAGAGUACUAUUGAAAUCGGAUAUGAUAUUUGAAAUUCUGAAUGAUAAUAACAAUAUCGAGUUGCUCGAAGUUUAUGACUCUUAUCUUGAUGAGAAACGUCUCGAAAGAAUAAAAAAAUUCAUUCGUUGUGCACAUGGAUGUGGUUGA